AUGGGCGCGGCCGGCAGUUUCUGCGACAGCAAGUCGAUCGUGGAGGCGCUGGAAGCGAGUGGGCCGUGUGCCGGGGCUCGCAAGACGAGCGUUCUGCGAGAGGGUCAGCCGCAGUCGCAGGAGCAAGCAAAGCUCGCGAGUCUGGCAACAGCAGUGUCGGCUGCCACGGACUUGGCAACCUACUGGUCCAACAGUGUGCGAGCUUAUGCGCUGAGUCGCAGCCCUUUCCUGCGCCCGCCGGUCUUCAGUGCUUUGUGGCGCCUACACAUCGAUUUUCUGCCCGGCACAUCAGGAUCAGUGUCCGCCUUGCUGCGCGCAGCACAUGCUCGCAGGGUCUUGGAGAUUCAACUCUCGGGGGAGACGGUCAGAGGGGUGGCCUGGUGUGUGGCCACCACGCCCACGCCCGAGCAAGGCUUCCCCAAGGCUGGAUGGGGAUUUGUGUGGCUGUGGCUUGCGGCUUGCGUGGUGGUGCCGCCGGUGCCGAUCGCAGACGCAGAGGAGGCUUCCCGUCGCUUCAAGGCGCUGCAAAACAGGCCGCGCCCCGCUGCGGUGAAGGAGGGCGAGCGCACGGGCGAGGCGGCGGUGGCGCCGCUGACGCUAACGCUGGAGUCUGAAGAUGCCACGGCGGAUCGGCUUGCAGACUUGUCUGGCCGCCGCAUCAUCAAGACGUCCUUGGACCCCAAGGCCUGUGGGGACGUGGGCCCGGUGCUGAGCAGCGCGGUGCGCCUGGCCGCGGCGCUGGCGGCGGCGCCGCUCGCGGCGCUGCGCACCGUGGAGGCGGAGGCGUCGCCGCUGGCCCCGGGCUGCGCCGUGGAGCUGCGCGCGCGGCGGGACGGGGACGGCGUGCUGGUCACCGGCUGGGUGGGCGGCAAGGACGUGCUGAGGCUCAAGGCCCUGUUCGCGCCGGAGGAAUGA